GAGCGUGGAGAUGUGGGCGGCGGUAUUUCGUCACAGGUGGAAGAACUUCGUAUGGACGCCAGCAGCAAAGGACUCACGUGGCUGCAAGACAAGGUGGCGAGUAUGAAACAGGAUGACUUGCAGAAGGUUGCAGCAGCUUCUGGUGUGUCUACACGUAGACAAGAUGGUGGUUCAAAGGUGGCACUGGCUGAGCUGCGCAAGGCCCUCGUGGAGCAUUUUGCCCCGCAG